CUUUGGUUAAAACCCUCCAUCCGUCAGCGUUGUCGGGACCCUGGUUGUUUUCUCCGUUAUUGACAGAGACCUGCAGCACUGUGUGGGAUGAUGACUCACAAACCGACUGUUGACGACUACAAAUAUCUAUUUUGUGCACGCACCCACGCUCCCAAUCACACCGCGGCGCGCGCUCCUCCACGUGCACUCUUGCACAGCAGGAAACAAACCCUUUACGUCAAGCCAGACAGGAAGGCGAAAGCGAACCUGAUGGUCUGAUAGCCGGGGUCCUCUCCGAAACAAAUGCAGACCCGCUCCUCUCGCCCAUGGACGAGCUAUCGCUUUUCACACGGAUUUCGUCGUGUGCACUGAGGCAGAGCUGAUCUUAUGGCAGACAUCAGCCCGCCUUGUACCAUCGCCCAUCUGAUCCACUGUGAGAGAAAAUAAUUCGACGAGAGGACGUGAGAUGAAAAGCCAAAAACGACCAUCACUGCUCGCCUUAUCGGCACUCCUGCUCUGCACAUUACACCAGACAGCUGGGUCCAGCAGAUCUCAUCGCAGCAGCACAGCAUCAUCAACAACAACAUCCUCAUCAGAGGAUAGAGGCAGGAAUCAUUUGGGGACCCAAAACUGGCUAAAAACGACAAACAUCAGUUCUAAUGGCAAUCACAGCCACGAUAAUAGGCCAAAUAAGCUAAAAGAGGCAAUGGGGCAAGUGAAUAGCUUCUCUUUCAACACCAGCAGAGGCAAUAUGACUACUGUGAUAACGGAAAAGUCUGGCAGGGCACCAAACUGGAGCUGGGAAGAAGGGGUGUCACCACUGUGUGCCUACCGAGUGAUUGAGGGAGGUAUUGGGGGCCAGCUGUGUUUUCGACACACACUGUUUGGGUACAAGUGUCACAAGGGAGACUGCAGGACAGUGGUGUCUUUCAGGAAUCUGGUGGCAAAUAUUCUCAUCAAUGGCAGUGUACUGUUACAGUGGACCCAUGAGGGAGAAUCCACAAUGACUGGCCGAGACGUAAAGACAAAAGAGACUGUAGCUGGUCAGAACGGCGAUGGGGAUCCAGGGACAAAUUUAACAAGAAAGGAAAGCUCAAAGGCUGCUUUCAGUGGCCGACGACACAAGCGUGGAGGCUAUGAGUUAAGCUGCUGGUGGAAUGGAAGCUAUACUCAAUUUGAGUGUGCUGGUGUCCAUCUCGGAUCUGGCUGCAGGGACUUUCUCCUGAUUGAGCUGCAUGAGAACAUCCCCUACCGCAUCUGCCUGCGCUCCCUGGCCCGCUUCGAUCCAGCUCAGAAAGCAGACCAGCGGGACUGUGUAGAGUUUACCUUGCCGCCAUCUGGGAUGCAGGACAUUGUGAUCGCCAUGACAACGGUUGGGGGAGCUAUUUGCGUGAUGCUGGUCAUCAUCUGCUUGCUGGUGGCAUACAUCACAGAAAAUAUCAUGAGCCCCACGACACAGCACACAUACUCCUACCGCACUCACUCGCAUCACUGAUGUGACACUGAAUCCAAGAUGCACUGUUAAUAAAUAAAAUGGCUCAUACAUUUAACUUCCAUAAUGACCAUAUCUAAUCUCACAAUCAUAGCCACUCACUGUCAAUAAUACUUAUUUUUUAAUCAGCCACAUAAUGACAUAAACACCCUGUUACAACUGAAUUGAAGCACAAACUACUGUGGGUACAUGCCUUUCUCAACCUCUGCGAGGAUGCACUGAACCAAAAGUACUGAUAACCUAAUGUACAUUUACUAUCAUACGGUAGUUUACUGUGUUGUGUUUUCGUUUAAGGUUGUGAUUGAGUCCGUCAAUCUGUAUGCUGGCUGCUUAUACAGCAAUACAAUUAAUGAAAUGGCUUGAGCGCAUCAGAAACAGCAGUUUUUGCUAAAUGUGCAGCCUGUGAAAGUGUCCAGACUUGUCCUGUCCUUGCUGUGACAAUGGAAAAUAAAACUUAACUGAAUUACAUUUUUCCACUUGACUAAACUAUCAAACUGUGUAGUUUUGCUUUUGGUUCCGCAUACAGUAUUUGUACCAUUUUGUGAAAAGCAAUACAAUCUGGUGUACAAUCUCGAAAUACCGUGCCAAACAUCUUUAGUUAGAAUGCCUUUAUGUCCUGCUGUCAGUGAAUAAAGUACCAUGAGGUCAUUUGUAAUACUUUA